UUCCCUUUUGCAUUCUCCUUCCAUCUCUUCCUCUCCUUACCGAAACCCUCGCCGACCAUUCCCCUCCCCCACCUUCUGCUCGAAUCCGGCGCGAUACAGUCGCGACUGGAGGUAGCUGGAAAGUGGCAAGGCAGCAGGGGUCGUGGUGUACGAAGACUUCAAAACUUACAUCUUUCUUCCCCUUUCACGCGGCAAUGUCCUGAAAUCAGUUGCAGACUUGAGACGGGUCUGCGGUACUCCUCUUCAUCUUGUUAAUCCAGGCUCCAGUUGUCAUUGAACUGUCUUGCUCGCCAGAUUGGCCACAUCCCGACGUUGAAUCAGUUAACCUUCUUCCAUUUCUUCGCUCUCCAUUUUUUGGUGGUUGUUUGUGUGGAAGUUAUGAAGCUCCAAACUUAUGCGGCAUUUAGUUUCUUGGCAACAGUAGCUGCUGUUUACCAUGCAUUCAGCAGUAGAGGCCAGUUUUACCCUGCGAUGGUUCACUUAUCUACAUCCAAGAUAUGUUUUGUUCUUCUUUUAAACAUGGGUCUGGUCAUGAUGUGCAUAACAUGGCAAUUAGUCAAGUCUUUAUUUCUCGGUUCUCUUAGAGAGGCAGAAGUCGAAAGAUUGAAUGAGCAAUCUUGGAGGGAGGUCAUGGAAAUUCUUUUUGCUAUUACAAUAUUUAGACAAGAUUUUUCAGUCAUGUUUCUUGCUAUGGUUACUGCUCUUCUGUUGAUCAAAGCAUUGCAUUGGUUGGCUCAAAAGAGGGUUGAGUACAUUGAGACAACUCCGGCUGUACCUAAAUUGUCUCACAUUCGGAUUGUUGCUUUCAUGGGAUUUCUCCUUCUUGUUGAUUGUCUCUUCUUGUACAGUUCUAUAAAGUCAUUGAUACAGACCUGGGAAGCAUCAGUUUUCCUCUUCUUUGCUUUUGAAUACACUAUACUAGCUACUACAACAGUUUCAACUUUUGUAAAGUACGUUUUCUAUGUUAGCGACAUGCUUAUGGAAGGACAGUGGGAAAGGAAGGCAGUCUAUACAUUUUACUUGGAGCUUGUUCGUGAUCUUCUUCACUUGUCAAUCUAUAUUGUAUUCUUUCUUGUGAUCUUUGCGAGCUAUGGUGUGCCUUUGCACCUGAUCCGUGAGCUUUACGAGACAUUUCGAAGCUUCAGAAUGCGUGUUGCAGAUUAUAUUCGAUAUCGCAAAAUCACUUCAAAUAUGAAUGAACGAUUUCCUGAUGCAUCGCCCGAGGAACUUAAUGCAAGUGACGCAACAUGUAUCAUAUGCCGUGAAGAGAUGAUUACGGCCAAAAAGUUGCGCUGCGGGCAUCUUUUUCAUGUGCAUUGUCUUAGAUCUUGGUUAGAGAGACAGCAUACUUGCCCCACCUGUAGAUCUUUAGUUGCGCCUCCUGAAAGUGGUUCCACAGCUAUUGGGCAACAACAGGCAGUGCCUUCUGAUAAUCAGCCUGUAGGGCCAGCAGCGGCAGGAACCACACAGGCUUCUGAUGCUGGUGCAGUAAACCAAAAUCAGUCUCUACUUCAAGCUGCGGCCAUGGCUGCUAAAGCAUAUGAGAAAUCUUUUGUCCAUUUUCCAACAAACCAUUACACUUGCCCGCCAGGUUAUACUGUAAUUCCCCAGAUUCCCAACAUACAGGCCUCAAAUGGGGGAAUCAAGGAUCAAAAUGGAACAAAUAUUUCUGGACAAUUUCUGAAGAAUCAACCCAUUUCUUCUCAACACAAUCUUACGCCCUUUCAAGUUCCAGUUUCCAGCACUGACUUGAGGGAGGCUGCUCUCGGCAAUCCAAAUCUACAGGGUUCUCCCUUAAAAGUUGAGAAACUGAUUCAGAGCCAAAUUGAGCUUCUUCGAGCUCAGCUACAAGCUCUGGAACAAUUAAUGGCAGAGCAGUCAAAAGCCAGGAGCGCCGCCUCAUCGAGCAGCAGGGUGCUGGCAUCUUCUGACUGUGGUUGCCAUGGCGAGGCCGAAGAUGCUGACACAGAUUAAGCCUUUUAGUUUAAAAUAGAUAUAGAAAGAUAAAAGUGGUAAUAAGCAAACAUAACAAGUUCAAAGAGUCAUUAUGGAUCUCUGUCUUGCUGGUCAGAAUCUUUAGAUCAGUUAAGCAAAAGGAUGUGAAGCGAGUUGGAAACUUGGAAUGUAGAUAUUGCGGAAGCUGGUCAAGUAUUUGAAGUUUUAUUAUUUGUAUUGACUUUAAUGUUUGAGUAACGAUAUAUUAGCAGAUUUUAAUUCCUAUUUCCUACUGACCCUUCUCUGUGUUUGAGAGAAUUGGGAAUCAUCAUAACAUUUACGGUAUUCAUAUUUGACCGAGUAAUUAUAAACUUUUGCAGUA